GACAAUUACAAAAUGUGACAUUUAUUUAUUUUAGGUUAUUUUAAUGUUAUUGAAAUAAUAAGACUUGUUAUUUUGGAUAGAAAUUACUUUUAACAUUGAAGUUAAAAAAAAUAAACAUAUAAUGGAUAAUAUUGAAAAUCUACAUCGAGAAUUGUUUUGUAUUUUAUUUCCUGCAAUUGUUAAAAACGACGAAAAAGCCAUACAAUGCUUAGGCGGUAUCAAAGCGAUUUCACAGGUGUAUUCACAGGCAAAUAAAAAACGAUUAGGAAUGUGCUUCCAACCAGAUAACCCUUACAUGAAAAAAAUAUAUUCUGAUGCAAAACCAGCUACUGGAGUACUUUUAAAAAUAAAAGUUAAGAAAAUAAAAACAGGGAAUGAAAUUAAAAGAGAGGUUUUGUCUACAGCAAUUGUUGGAUCUGUUAAAAAAUUAAAUAAAUUUGAAUCUAUGUGUGACUUCCAGUAUUUACCUAUAACGACAAACACUUCAGGAACAAAUAAGGCAGAGUGUAUAUUGGAACAAAUUCUUCCUUCCGGUGUUGAUAACUUUGAAACUUUAUUGCAGCCAGCCCCUUCAUUUAUAACUCCAUUUAACUUUACAAGAUCUGAUAAGCCAAUAAGUUACUGUUAUACAGAUAAAAGAUACAGCACAAAAGAUCUUGUCAAAGAAGAAACUGAAAAUACUACUAAGGAUGAAGUCCAUAAGUUAAGAGGGGAUAGAGGAUUGCCAAUAGCACGAUACACAUUCAAUUUAACUGACGACUUGCCCACUGAGCCUAAUGAGUAUUAUUUAAAACAGAAAAAAACUAGGCUAACUAUAUACCCACAAUUGGAAAAUGAAUAUAAAAUUGUUCAAAAGCACUUUGAGGAAAGACCAAUAUGGUCAUUAAACCUUGUUAAAUAUCACACAAAAAUCAAGAUGUCCUCAUUGAAAAUAAUUCUACCAUGCCUGGGUCUAUAUAUGCGUGAGGGACCAUGGAGGAUGAUGUGGGUGAAAUUUGGCUAUGAUCCUAGAAAGGAUCCAGGGGCAAGAGUAUACCAGACUUUAGAUUUUAGGAUGAGACAUGCAGCUGGAGUCCAUGCCAUGGUGAUGACUCGUGAUCAAGUUGUUCAUUGUAAAAAAACUGAUCGCAUUCGUAAUUUUAAGAAAAAUGCAUCAGAUGAAUUAUCUGUAGAGGAUAUUGUAUACGAAGGAGCUGUCUACUUUCGACCAGGAAUGGUUCCUUCUCAACGUCAGAUUUACUAUCAGUAUUGCGACGUGCAACUGCCAGAGGUGCGAGAGCUGCUGGCGCUGGAGCCUCCGGCCGGCUAUCUGUGCCACGAACGCCGCGGUUGGCUCCCGCCCGACACCGACCAGCUCUGUCGCGACCAUAUCUUCCGCUACGUCAAGCAGACUUUGCUGGCAACACAUAAGGCCGACCUCAAGUUCGAUGAUGCUAGCAGUGGAGAUGAUUCAGGGUCCGACGGGGACGGCGCCAGUACGUCUGUCGCAGAAUUAGACGAAUCUUCAAUAAUUAUUAGAAUGGAUGAAAUGGAUGAUACCAACAAUUAAUUUAUUAUUAUAAUAUGUAU